UAAUGAACAAGUUAGAGAAUCUUUCAGAGUCUUUACUCCAAAAAAAGACGUGGUCUGAAGAAAAGUUGAAUCGGUGUUUUUUACCGACAAUUUUUUAAAGUCCAAGGAUUCUUCAAUCAAUACAGAUGACGUCUGCGUGACGAAGCUGAGCUGUAAUUGAUUUCUUUUUUGAAACAGCGAAUUUAUAACUUCUAGUUCUAGAUACCAAGCCGACAGAAGCUUUAUCAAAAACCAAAAUCCAUCAUGUCUUCCAUGGAAUUGGGGCAGCCCCCUGGGCUGGAUCACGAUGCUGGAGCAUUCGCGACAGAGGGACCGGGCUCUCUCCAAAUCGGCGGAUCUUCCUCCAGUUCGACCGUCCCGCCUGCGGUCGCGAACAGUCGAAACUCCCACUCAAAAGAACACAAUAACGUCUCUACUUCGCACAACAAAGAGGAGAGCAAUAUUGUUGUCGCAGUGCGAUGUCGGCCAUGCUCUUCCGCAGAGGCAGCCAUGCCAAACAACGACAUAGUCAAAGUCUUGGACAACUCUUUUGUCGUAAUUCAAGAUCCUGGUCAGGAACUGCAAGGCGACUACCUGCGCUUGGGAAAAAGCAGAGAAAAAAGGUAAGUAUCUAUUUUACCCACUUGCUGAGGUUUGUGAAACAGUCGACGAGUGAGUAAUAUUUAAUAUUCGUAGUCGUUGCUUAUGCUUGUCCUUAUGGUACUUGAGUAUAUCCAUAGAAUUAUUGUUUAUCUUUAUUUUAUCAAGUAAUGCACACUGGAAAUCAUUCCGACGACAGGUAUUGUUUCGAUUUGGCCUUCGGCGGCGAAGCGUCGACAGAAGAAGUGUACAAUAAAACAGCGAGAAAUCUGAUUACGUCGAUUCUCAAAGGAUACAAUGGUACCGUUUUCGCAUACGGUGCGACGGGAGCGGGCAAAACCUUCACGAUGAUCGGUACAAAGGAAGAGCCUGGCAUCAUGUUCCUUAUUCUGCGGGACCUCUUUCAUCUUCGAGCCUCAUCGACAACAAGUAAUUCUACAGCGGCCAACGCAUCAGCAACAGCAAAUAACAAUACAACGACAACUUCUAUAUCAUCUACCUCUAGUACCACCACUGGAAGUGGAACUAACUCUGCCGCAUCAGCAGGUGGAGCUGCACAGAAUAGUGCCUCACCUUCGCGUGUUGCAGUGAAGUGCAGUUUCAUUGAAGUGUACAACGAGAAUAUCCGAGACUUGCUGAUCCCGAGUUCGUCGGAGCAGUUGGAGCUGCGGGAAGACCCAGUGCGUGGAUGCCACAUUGCCGGUGUGCACGAAUUUCCAGCCCAGAGUGUGGAAGAAAUCAUGCACUUGUUGCAUUUGGGAAACCGCAAUCGAACGACGGAGGGCACUGCCGUGAACGAGACGAGCUCGCGGUCGCAUGCAGUGCUACAGCUAACCUGUGAAGAAGACCUCGGCUCCGGUGAAACCGCAAUCGGGAAACUUUCACUGAUCGAUCUGGCGGGCUCGGAACGAGCAAGCAAAGCACUGUCAGACGGACAGCGGUUGAUCGAGGCAUCGAACAUCAAUCGCAGUUUGUUGGCGCUUGGGAACUGCAUCAACGCCUUAGUCGAAAAACAAAGAAGAGCAUUUGUGCCGUACUACCUCCUAUUUUGCUGUAAGGAGAUUUCGCCUUAAUGAAAUUCAUCAAGAGCUUGACGUGGACGUAUGAUUGUCAGUACUUCUCACGAAGUGGUCUAUAUAUAACGAUAUUUUCAACACAACAGGUACCGAGAUUCGAAAUUGACACGGUUGUUGAAAAAUUCGUUGGGAGGAAACUGUCGGACGUGCAUGAUUGCCUGCGUCUCUCCCACCGCGGGACACUACGAGGAAACGUCCAACACGCUCAAGUACGCCAACCGCACAAAAAACAUCAAGACAACGCAAACCUACCGCUUAUGCUUCCGUCUGUGUGGUCUGGAUCAAUGACAUGAUUUUUUUGGAACAAGGUUUACUUCCUAGUACAACAGCUAGUUCUACGUAGUGGCCUCAUGUUGAUCAAGAUGGGUAUCAGUAACUCAACCCAAGAAGCAGUAUUCUUUCCUCUAUCUUUCUUCAUACUUGCGCAAUUUGAUUUCGACGACGGAGGAAACGGACGCGCAAGUGGCUGAGUAUGUCGAGAUUAUUGGCGAUUUGCGCAAAGAAAUUGCGGUUUUAAAAGGGAAUCUCGAGGAGCGGAAUAACUUGAUAUUGCGCAAAGAAUGUGCGAUAAAAGCUGAAAGUGAAAGCGAGCGAUGGAAAAGCGAGAUGAUCGCGAAUCUGGAAGAAAGAGUGAGACUCCAACGAGAAUUAAUGGACACCGAAACUGUACAGAGUCGCGCUUUGAUGGCCUUCGAGACUGCCGCUGGAGAACAACAAGACCAGUCCGCCGCAAAGCAAGCGUCUUUGCUGUCAUUAUGAGGAAUUUGACUGUACUUAUGAUAGAAAUAUAAUUAGAAAAUGAUCUAUGACCCUCUCUACUGCGCCGUGCAGUAGGCUCAUCGGCUUUCUUUGGUUAAAUUUAUCAUCUUUCAUCUGACUACCUCCGAUCAGUUUUACCCUACCUCCGGCUCUACCCUCCCGCCUCCACCUCUAAAAUAAUUUUGUAAGUGUAAAUUAAGAAAAGACAGCAGUGCACUGCCCUCUACGAACAGUUAUAUUUAAUAUAAGAAGAACAAAGUAAUGGAAGAACGAAACAUAAAAGUAACUAACGUUCACUUCUAAAUGUUACACUGAUAAUUUACUCCAUAUAACUCUUGCUCAGGAUCACUAUAAUCGGAAAAUACAUAUACAUCUCUUCUAUUUUCAUCAAGGAAGCCAGCAUCUGAUUGAAGAAGAAGACAACAAUAUUAAUAAAGCAUUUCCACCAGGCGGAUACAUUUGCUAAAAAGACCUCUAAUAUCAGAGCAAGACUCAACGCACCAGAAGAGUUUGUCGGAUUUGAAUGUGAAGCGGACAGCGCUCAUUACCGCGCUCGAGCAAAAUAGAGGAAAGUCGCAGAAUUUACAUGCGCGUUUGCGCGAUAUUCCGGAUAUUGAUUUGAGAGCCUUCCUGGAGUUGCUCUACCGCGCUCAAGUGCUCGAGGUCGAGCGCAUGGAGCUAGACCAUGUCUACGCGAUGAAGCAGCAAGUCCUCGACCAAAAAGACCAGGAUCUCAGUACAAUUGCUUGAAGAGUUAUCCACAACAUAGAUACUAAUCGGAAGUUACUAGAAAACCUAAAUUGAUAUUGGCGAUGAAAUAAUCGUUACCAUCCUGUUCUAGUUUAGUUACGGCUUUCAAUCCGAAUUUUCAUCCAGUGUUGUAGCACCAUUUUCAACAGAGAUCAUGUUGCUUAAGUACUAGUAUCAAGUACCUUAUGUUCGAAAAAAACUCCACCAGAAAACCUGAGGAAGCAGCUCGAUUUGCGCAACGAAUAUCUGGGACGUCAACAAAGCUAUUUGUCGGCAGAAGAGCGGGAAUUACUUCCUGGACACGUGAGUCUCUUGGAGAGCACGAUCACGUCUCCAACGCAGUGGAAGGGAAUGACUAAGCCAGUAGAGGAAGAAGGAGCUCCGGGCGCUAUCGGGAUGCCGCCGUCAGUUGCAGGAGCGGUAAGCGCCGGUGGAGGUGGGACCAUGGCCUCAGGGGCGGGAGACUCGAUGUUAUUCGGGACUGGUGCCGCAGGUGGCGUUUCCUCUGCAAGUAAACCAGCUUGCAAGACCAAGCGUUAUCCAUCCAUUGCGGUGGAGGAGUAUAUGAAGUACAACGCUUCAGACUACUACAGCAUUAAGGCUAUCGCUGCAGCAUUCUCAACAUCAUCCUUGGUCCUUUUUCUACUUGAAAAUCCGGCCAAGGAUGCAUCCAGGGAAACUCACGCGGUAGCUCUAACAGUAACUCGCCAGGCAACGGGAGCGGGCUAGGCGACGCGACGUCUUCAGGCCGGCCGCCUCCUCCUUUUUCGCCUACGUCCAACGCGGACGGCACAUCCACCUAUUUGGAACACGGAGCUGGUGGCCUGUUAUCCUCACCAUCUGCGGGUGGCGCUGGAGGUGUGGACGCAGGAGCACUGUCGAGCACAAGCGAGCUUCUACGAAAUGUGGCGUCGUUGCGUAGUGAGCUGUCAUCUCAGUCACCCGACGCGCGCGGCGAACAAAACAACACCGGUGCGGCGAUUGGAGGACACCUUUCAUCAGGAGCAGGAGCAACGGUUCCGUUUAGUGUUGGGAAGGCAUCUACAUGCAGCUCUGACGCGCUUUUGUCGGGCACUAGUCCUGCCGCAGCACCCUGCAUUCCAUCCUCGGAAGGCGGGGGAUCCAUGGCAACCAAUGACCCUGCGGCGGAGACCGGGGUACAUUCAUUAGGUGAUAACGCAAACCCCCAAGGGUUGAUAUCCUCAGUUGUGUCAGCGAGCGGGGCAUCUGCGGCUAUGGGCGCAUUUCCGCAGCAGAGCUCUAUGGUGCCAUCAACAACCGCACCAGUAGCUGACGGAUGUAAUGCUGAUGCGAUGUCUUUCGCCCCCUCCCCUGCUUUAGGUGUCCCUCAACCUCCUGCGCCGCAACACGUUGCGACUACAUCUUCCAUUGUGAUAGUUGGUGAGCACGAAGCCGCGUCACCUCCACCCCUUGUCGCUAGUACCAGUAGCCCCGAGCUGAUUCCGCAUCAGGGGCAGCGAAGUAGCCACGCAAGUUUGCAUACUCUGGAGCAUCAUAUCGAUUGGAGCUCAAUUGAGGUACCGCGUGCGCACAAGAUCAAGGGCGUCAGUCAGGAACUAGCCGGGCUCAAGAUCGGGACCUCCUCUACCGGAGGACCUUCUAGCAGCAUCGUUGCAAACUAUCGUGCGCCAGCCGGCUACCGCUCCAGUGCUACAGGAGACCAACAGCAAGUCGUAGGUGCUGUGGGAUCCACUUCGUCGUCGCAUCAACCAUCUUCACAACAUUCAGGAGGAGUAGGGGUUGUCCAUCCGGUCGCUCCGAGCAUCGUCGCUGGGGGCUUGCAGCUCGCUGGUAGCGGGAUAGCCUCCUCGGCGACCUCUGGGGUGAAGAAGGGCGCAACCUUUGCUCCUGUUCUCUCACAGUUUCACGAGGUGACCGCGCGGGCGCCGCAGUUUGGAGCGUCGUCUUCUACGAUGAACAAGGGCACACGCGGAUCCCCGAAACGGCCAGACACAGGACCUGGGUGUGUAAAUCUCGCCGGCCACGGCCGAAUUCACUCGUCUGCCGGUGGACCUAGUCGACGACCCAGGCCAAAAACUGACUAUUCGGGUGAGAGCAAGCGGUCCUAUUGCUACGCACAGCGCCACCAACAACGAGAGUGGCGGGAAUGGCAGCAAAGGCGCGAAGAUGCGUCUCGGAACGCGCGGCUGAACCCUCCAAUGCGACGGGCAGGGGUGGCGUUCAACAGCAAGAUAUUUGCUUCACACCAGAAUCAGUCUUCCUCAACACACCAGAAUCAGUCAAACCUUGUCGGCAAUUCUUUGGUACAGGACAGCGACCCGGGACAGAAGGCUACGAGGCUGGGCAUGGCUGGCAAGAUGAUUAUGAGCGGUGCUGGUGCGGCAGCGCCCUUUCGAUUUUGACCCAUCUACAACAACUUGUGUUGAAAAUUAUGCUGUUCUUUUUCCGUGCGAAAUUGGGAGCAAGAAAUCUUCAUGAAAUACGGAUUAUUCAUUAUUAUUGUAAGUACUGAUUUAAUAACCAGUAAAGUAAUAAAAUAUUAUAUCUAACAAAUUCUUGGGUGAAACUGAAACCUUUUUCUAUGAUUGAAUCUUCGCUUAGUAUGUUGAAAUUGAGCUACUAGUGCUGUCAUUGGUUUUUUCACUACGCCUGCUUUAUCAUAUUUAUCUCAAAUCAUGAUUUUUGUCACCAUUUGAUGGCACUUCUGAAGCUCAGAGCUACGACUAGUAAAACCGUUAAUACCAACCUUCGUUGCAGUAAUUAUGAUUCUCAAUUGGUGGAAGCACAAUCUUCUUGAUGUACGUAUCAUGGUGCAGACGCAUUUUUACUUCUAUUUUGAGCUAUUUUUUGAUGAUAGAUCCAUCCGUAGUUGAUGUAGUCAUUUUUGCUUAAACACGCGUUCGUGAACACCAACGUUUUCUUGAUAGUCUUCAAUAUGAACAUGAUGAAAUACAGACUGAUCCUGAUUAAGGUGAUGUGUUACUUCACCAAUAUAUUUCAGUCCAUUUUCAACAACAAAAAACUUUGUCUUUUUGUCUGCGCGCCUGGUCGUGAGCAUCUUCCGUUCCCGGGAGAGGACCCUAUCCUUAUGGAGAACCAAAAUUCGGAAAUGAGUGGGUCGUGUUGCGUAUACAAUAGACAACCUCCUUCUCUGGUGAUGAUGUUAUUGUCGUCAUUAUUUCGACAGCGCACCUUUGGCUUCUAAGGUGAUCACGAAUGGUCAUAUCAGGAGCACACGCUUGACACGACAUGACACCACUUCCCGCGUUCUUAGUCCAUUUCGUGACUUCUAGUUCUAGAUCAUGAUCUGAUCAUGAUGACCACGACCCCCGUCUUUCGGC